UCACGUAGACCAUUAUUUCAUUUCUGUGCAUCCUGAUUGUUCCAAAGCAUCACAAUGUGGUGGCUACUUCCACUUUGGCUAAAUGUGCUUCUGGGCUUGUCGGUCACUUUGCUGGGGCUGGCCUACUACUUCCUGACCAUGGAGUUUGACCACUGGAAAAAGAUGGGUGUCAAGCAUGUGAAGGGAGUACCAAUUUUUGGGUCCUUUAAACGGUCGAUGACUAUGAAAGAGCACUUUAUUCUUGACCUUGACCACAUCUAUAAGCAAUUUAGUGGCGAAAAGUUCGUUGGAUUCUUCCAGGGCCGAAGGGCUUCCCUUUUAAUAACAGACCCUGAACUCAUCAAGACCAUCGUUGUAAAGGAUUUUGCUCAUUUUUACGAUCGUGGCAUGCAGAUGCAUGAAGAGGCUAACUGGAUAGUGUCAAAAAAUCUGUUUAGCCUUGCAUCUGAAAAAUGGAAAAACAUGAGGAGCAAAUUGUCACCAACGUUCACCUCUGGAAAAAUAAAAAUGAUGACACCGCUAAUUGAGGAAGUUGGCCAAAAUUUGCAAGCGCAUUUAAAACUACAGGCAAAACAGGGGAACUCUGUUGACGCAAAGGACUUGGCCUCGAGAUUUACCACAGACGUUAUUGCCAGUUGCGUUUUCGGGGUUGAAUGCAAUUCAAUUGACGAACCAAAUACCGAAUUUAGAAAAAUGGGAAGGAAAGUGGCUGAGCCAGAUUUUUGGACGGCAGUAAAAAACUUUAUUGCUGUAUUUUUGCCAGAGAUUGGCACGUCUCUCCCACUGACUCUUGUUAGCCACGAGGUGACAAAAUUCUUCUCCAAGCUGGUACCAGACGUAAUGGAGUUGAGAAAAAAGACAGGACAAAUUCGCAAAGAUUUCAUGCAGCUGCUCAUAGAGUUGAAAGAAAAAGGAUCAGUUUCAAUUGACAACGCUGAAGAUGAAAAGGAAAUCAAUGGUUAUGGAGUUCAAAAAAUGGACACAAUAAAACUCACGCAAGAUGACCUCACCGCACAGGCCGUUGUGUUUUUCUUUGCUGGGUUUGAGACUUCCUCAACUUUGAUUUCGUUCGCGAGCUUGGAACUUGCCGCAAACCCAGACGCCCAGUUGAAACUUCAGGCUGACAUCGACCAGGCUUUGAGCAACCACGGAGGAAAACUCACAUAUGAUGCAUUGAAAGAGAUGAAAUAUCUAGACGCUGUUGUUCAAGAAACCUUGCGUAAAUAUCCAUCAGUGAUUACGAUCUUUCGAGUCUGUACCAAAAACUACACAAUUCCUGGGACAAAAAUUCAUAUCAAAGAAGGAACUCCAGUGAUGAUUCCAAUCUACUCUCUUCAAAAUGAUCCCAAAUACUUCCCCAAUCCAGAGUUGUUUGACCCAGAGCGUUUUAUGGACGAAAACGCUCUGCACAAAUAUCAAUACAUCCACAUGCCGUUUGGAGAAGGCCCUCGACAGUGCAUAGGGAAUCGAUUAGCUCUGGUUCAGUCCAAAAUGGGCAUUGCGUCGAUCUUUAGCAAAUUUGACGUGACCUUAGCGGGAAAAACGCAAUACCCACCCACGAUAGAUCCCAGCGAUUUUAAUCUCAGGGCAAAAGGUGGAAUUCAAUUGAAUGUGACACCUCGCAGUGAGGAAUAAUUUUGUUACAUGACAAAUUACUCCAACAACCCUGACGACCAUGCAAAUAAAUAUAAAUUGAGCAUUCCAAAAAUGAAGGUAUUGUUUGUUUUAAUUGUUAAUUUUAGGGAAAAAAAUCAAUAUUUUUUCUUUGUAUUAGAUAUAUUGUGUGUGCAGACUGUAAUUAAAAAAGAGUGUAUUUAUUUUAAAUAAUUAAAAAAAAUUUAUCAUCAAGA